CCUCAAUCUAUCCCAACUUGAUAGUGGAUCCCUUUAAUAGAAAAUGAAGUAUCCCUAUUGCCAUGUUUGAUUUUGAGAGGAAACCUUGUAUUCUGUUCACAGCACGGGUUGAAACCCCUAGACCCCUUGAAUCGCUCAAAGACUAAGCGGCGGCGGCUGCUAUUUUCGGGUGACAACGUGGACGUGUCGGUGAUCGAAAUGCCUGGCGCACUGACAAGGACGCUUCGGACGCUUCUUCUUUUUAUCUACACAGAUCGGCUGGUUGCUGGUGAUGGGAUCGGGGUGAAAGAUGUUUUUCAGCUGAUGACACUGGCAAAGGGGCUCUUUCUUGCAGAAAAUGAUGGGGUGUGCUGCAUGCGACGCCUGCACGCCCUCUGUGAAAAGUACGUGUAUGAUGCUGUUGAACCCUCAAAUGUUGGUGAGAUUCUUUCAGAAGCCAAGAAAAUAGGUUCAAAACGGCUUCAGAAACGCGUUUUCGUGGCGUUGGCCAACAUGCAGCCGCUCCACGAUCUUGAUUUCAACAAGCGGUUGAUAGCAGCAUUGGAACAUGAUCAAGAGUUAUUGGCGCUGGCAAUGUCAGCUGCUGCAGGUAAUAAUCAACUGCUGAUAGAGGAAGCGCUACCUGACUACAGCCUUAACAGCAGCAUUCCGCCACCAAAUUUGCUGGGAGAUUUGGAGUCGAUGCUUCAUACUGCUAGAGAAGCAGAUGGCAAACCAGUCAAAGAAACUGGUUGCAUCGAUUGCCGUCUUAUGGCAGAAGGUGAAUCUGAACAGGAACUCGCAGCGCACCGCUUCAUGCUCGUUGCCCGUUCCGAGUAUUACAAAGGCGUGCUGUUGACAUCCUUGGCAGAAGCCAAGAGUGGAGAAAUCAGGACAUCCCUCAAGCCAGAGCCCAGCGUGGGCAGCAUGAAGGCCUUGUUGAAGUAUCUUUACACCGGGACCCAGCAUACAGAAGGUGUGAUGACAGCCUUUGACUGGUUGGAUUUCUUGGCCCUUUUGGAUGGUCCCGGGGGGAAGAAUUAUUUGCUGCUUCCAGACCAAGAAUGCAUCCGGCUCCGAAGUCUCACGCUGCACUGCCUGCAAUCCCAACUGGCGCCUGGGGACGCGUGGACCUUGCUGCGGAAGGCCAUUGUUCGCCAAAACGAGGCGGCGAAAUCCAUCGCCAUACGCUCCGUACUGAAAGAUUGUUCCCUGGAGAAGUGCCGCAAUGCUGGUAGCUUCGAGGCUUGGCGCGGUGCGUUACCAGACACAGACUGGUGGACGCCAGAGUUGGAGGCUGAUUUAUUUCGAGAGUUUGUGAAAUGGUCCUGGGAGCACAUCCUGGCUUUCUCAUCAGACAGAGUGUAGCACAG